AUGAAUCAACACACAACGUCUGCUACAGAUAAAACAACAUUACAAACAUCGUCUGUUAUUCUAUUAAAGACACAUCGUAUUAAAAUAAACAAAUUAUCAUCUAGUAUUCGUAUUAUACAGGAACUUGUUGAUCAAUGUGUCGAACAAGAAAAAGCUUUAGCACUUGUUGUUAAAACAUCAAAACCAUCCAAUAAAGUUGUAUGGUUUAAAAAUACUGCUCGUAAUAAAUAUAAUGAAACUGAGCGGAUUUUUAAUGAUAAUAAAUUUCAUUUAAUCUCACAAACAACUGUACAUAUCUUCAUUAUAUCAGCUGUUAAACUUGAUGAUACAGAAGAAUAUUUUUGUCGAAUUGAAAAUACAUUAACAUAUGCAAAGAUUGAAGUAAUAAAUGAAAAGUCAAAUACAAAUCAACAAUUAUCACGAUCAUUAAUUAAUAAAUCGACAUCAUAUGAUUUUAAUACAUUUGAAGAGGAAUUAAAAUUAAUUCAUCCAUUACCUGAACAAAUACGCUUAGACAAAAAUGAUAAGCUAAUCGUUUUUUGUGAAACCAAUCGUAAACCAAAUCAUGUACAAUGGUUCAAAAAUGAAUCAAGUCUUUCAUCCAUAUCAAAUAAUUUGGAAACUUAUUAUUUCGAUUCAAUUUCAAUAUUAAUUUUAUAUCAUGUUAAUGAAGAAGAUUCAGGUUUAUACACGUGUUAUCUUGGAGAUUAUUGUAAAACGAGAUGUACAGUACAAAUUGAUGAUUCAAAUUUGAUCUAUAUAGAUAAAUCAAUUCCUUGGGAAGAAAUAAUGGAACCAAUUGAAUCUAUUCAUUUAAAAAUAAAUAAAGCAUUUAUUUCAUUUAAAUGGUAUCAUCCGAAUCCGAACGAAGAAAAUUUACCAGAUUUAAUUGAUAAUAAAUUUAAAAUAGUAUCCGAAAGUUCAACACAAGAAUUAGAGUUAAUUAAUACAAAAAAAACAAAUUUAAUUAAAUAUUUUUUAUCUUUCAAAUUGAUAGACAAACAAUACCAAAUGAUAAUUAUUGAUUUAAUAAAAAUGAAAAUAAAUAAUGAUAAUCAAGAUUCUCUAAUAAAAUCUUUAAAUUCAAUUGAAACAAAACAAGUAACAGAAGGUGAUGAUUUAAUUAUCGAAAUAAUUUUUCAACAUGAUCGUAAUUUAUUAUUAAAAGAUUAUCUUAUUUUAUUAAAAAAUAAUGUUCCAUUAUAUAAUGACUUUGAAAUUAAUCCAUCAGAUGAUACAUCAUCAGAAUUAAGUCAUUGGAUUAUUAGUUUAUCAGAUAUUAAUUUAAAUGAUGAAGGUGUUUAUUCGAUCCAUAUUAAUCAAAACUUAAAACAUUUAUUUGUUUUAUCGAUCAAACCGUGUUGUUUACAACGCAAAUCAAUUAUAUUAUCUAAAGAUAAAUUUAAUUUGCACGAAAAUUUAGAAUUUAUAAUUCAAUUGGAAGAACCAUUAUAUGAUGCAAAUAAUAAAUUAAUGUAG